UGUCUCGUGCGCGGUCAUCGCGCAUGCGUGGCGCACAGCGAACUCCAGUGCCGGUCGCGCCGGUAGCCACGCGCCACGCGUGCUCCCUUCCGCAAAUCGAUAUUCAUGCACCCAUACAAAGCUGCGUCAAAGUGCACCGUUGCCUACACACCUUAGCCGUCCUUAUUCUCUUGAGUUUUUUUUGUAUGAAAAGUGUAAAAUCUUAGUGUUCGGCCACACCUUUUAUUAAUUGGUAUACAGAAAUUGUAUAGUACGGAUUUAGACGCGCUAUUGAUUGCUCUGGAUUGGGAGCGACCGCGACGCUGGCUUCGCGCAACAGCUGUAGUCCACACACGAUUUCUUUAUAUUGACCGUCUCUAAAUAUUUACCUUUUUAUGGCGUCAACUUAAAUAUUAGUAUGUGAAGUGAUGUUAAAUCAAUUGAACGGAGGGUCUGGUUGCCGACGGACAGAUUUUUAAUUGGUUGUGGAAAACUGUAAAGUGAGGAGAGUGGUAGUGUGGGCGGGCGGGCUGAUGUCCGGCGGGCGGGCGGAUCACGGCGGAGGGCGGUGCGGGUUCGGGCGCGGGGUGCGCGAGCGGCUCGCGUGCCUCGCCGCCGCCCGGCUUCGAUCUCGAGCUCUUCCAGGAGCUGAGCCAUCUUCCAGACGCGGAACUGCGCGAGUGUCUUGGCGAAUACCCGGACUUCUUGUACCAUCUUGCCCGAGAUAGGUUUGGACGCCUGUACUUUCGCGUCAUACGGACAUUGCUCCUCGAUCGAGUUCUAUGCAGCAACAGGGUGAGCCAAAUGACAAAAACCUACAAUGACAUCGAAGCGGUAACAAGGCUCUUAGAAGAAAAAGAAAAGGAUUUGGAACUAACUGCUCGCAUCGGCAAGGAAUUGCUGACGGCUAAUGGGCGGUUGGAGUCUCGUGUCACUGCCCUAGAAGGCGAGUUACGUGGCGCCCGAGACCUCAUCACACAGCUUAAACACGAGCUCAACGCCAAGAGCGAUUUACUUCAGAUACUAACAAAUGAUACAGAGGAUUCUCCAACGGAAGAGAAGGAGGCGGCGACGGCUGCCCUCCUUCGGCGACGUACCGGCGCCCUGGAGCGCGAGAACAGAGCCCUACGAGACGAAGCAUCGCGGCUCGCAGCCGGUGCGGACUCUGCUGAGCUGGCCGAAAGACAACUACUGCGGGACAUUGCAGCGCAGCUAGCGAGUGCUAAUUCGGAGACGAAUGAACUUGAGUCCGAGUUAUCUGAAGAGAGACAGAGAUCCUCCGAACUUCAGCAACAGCUUGACUCGACCAAUGCAAGGCUUGCUGUGUCUGACCGAAAUUUACAACAGUUAAAAGCCGAGCAUGAUCACACGCUGCGAGUAUUAGAAAUAACUAGAGAAAAUCAAAAUGCACUCGCGGCUGAGUUGGCCGAUGUUAAGGAACGAUAUUCGGAAGUGGCAGCACAUUUGGCGGAAGCGCAAGAAGCAUUACGACAAAUUCGCAAACGCGGCGAACCCGUACGUGGUCUCAUGCCGAGCGUAGCAGCGGCUGCGGGUCUACUCCCGGCGAGUCUGCAUCGGGAGAUGCAUUCCUCGGUCUACUCGGAGUUCAGCUUGGACUCGGGCAUUGGGGAUCCGCUUGCAAAUUCGAGCAUGCAAAAAGUGUUCGAGACAGUCCAAUGCGCGUCACGCUGGUCCGGGGCCUCCUUAUCCGGAUCUGAGAGCGAGGGUGUGCCCAAACCGAAACCAAAGGCCAAAACUAUAUCAACCGAUAGCUUCUUUGAAGAUAUAUCCGAUGUUGAAUCUGAAGAUUUAUACCCCGGUGGCUCGGGCGUUGGAGUUCCCGGAGCGCCUGGGGCUGCAGAAUUGGCUGCGGCUUUAAGACGGCUCACGCCACAAGAGAUUGAUUCGCGGCGUGCUUCGUUGGCUGCCUCCCACGUUCUUAGGAAUAAAAGGACAGAUCGCGAGUGGAGCGAAGAGAGUGCUGUGUGGGGGGCGGGAGUGGGAGGAGGAGGGGCGAGGUUCCGAACUCCUCACAAGCUGCAGAUCGUCAAACCGCUGGAGGGCUCCCUCACUCUACACACCUGGGCACAGCUGGCUAAGCCUAACAUGUCCGGCUUACUAGAAGACCAGGAAGGUGUAGGCGUACGAGGAUCGAGAUCAGCUCAAGCUCUCGGUUUGCGGAUGUACCGACUCUCAGAUGUAGAGGAAGAUGACGAUAUGUUACGUCUCCCUCACUCCAGUCACAUUUACACGUUUACGAAUAGCACCGUAUUACACCCGAACGACGGCAGUCUCGCUGGCAGCAGUGUGAGUAGUGUAUGCAGCAGUGGGAUGAGUAGUCUCGCGAGUAGCGUUUUGGGUAGUGCUUGGAGUUCGAGGCUAACAUCGCGUAGAACAUCCGCGGCCGUAUCGCCCGUGCUAUCGCGGCGGGACUCCUUCUGCACCCCCUCCGCUCCCCCUUCGCGGCCUCACUUCUCCCCAACCGCGACUCCCGCGAACAGCCCCCUCCUGGGAUCGCCAGACGCCUCGCCGCCUCCGACUCCGCGUCCCAACGACGUCCCCCCAUCGUUACACGCGUUGAUCGCGAGCGGGACUUCCAUCCUCCGCCGCAGAUAUCUUACGUCUCCCUCCUCGGAUGGCUCUCCCGCUCCCCUCGCUCUCCAAACAGCGGGCUCGCUUUACACAGGCCUGGUUCAUAGGAGUCCGAUGGAGCAGCUCACGUGUUUGAAGCGCACGCUUAGAUCACCCGCUGCCCCGCCUGCCGAGCGUGUGGACGCCCCUUUUGGUGUUCCGGCGCAACCAGGGCAGGGAGCUUUAGAUACGGGGACAAUAGGCAGACGGGCGAGAGGCCAACGGGCGCCUAGACCGCGAGGGGAUCUAGGCACGGUCGGAGUCGGCCCUAGUACAACAAACAGCACUCCACUUAGUUCGUCCCCAUUAGGCACGCUAAGCACCUUCCUCUUCGGUAGGAAGGGAGGCCUACUAUGAGAGUGUCUCGUUAAUACAAAGCUUUAUAAUAUUCAAGAUGGCAGUUUCACACAAAGUAUUCACGUUACAUUUAUAACAAAAGGAUUUUUAACAGCGCAGUAAGAUACAGAUUAUACUGAUAUGGUGCUGCCAUCUGGUAUCAGAAAAUGUAACGCUCGGCCGCUUCAUAAGCCGUAGCGUCGCACACAAUUAUCAGCCUUUAGCGGAGAUUAGACUGAAAUCCAAAUAGGCUAGCUGACUCUUUCGAAACAGGCUAAAAAUGUAAUCAUAAAAAAGAAAGAAUCAACACGAUCUGUAGUCUGUGGUCAUAUAUUUUUAAAUUCCGAAUCUAGUUUUGCUUCACGAUUAAAUGUCAACUAACCUAUGUGAUGAUUAUUGUUGAUUGUAUGAGUCCAAACUCCGCUUAUUCUUUUGUUACUCUUGUGAUUUAGGUGUAGGUGUAGCUUAGUCGUUUUAUAUCAGGUACCUAAUUAUUAGAUCUAUGAAUGUCGAUUGUAAUUGUUUUUUUUUAUCUUUUUGAUUUUAUCUAUAUAAUAUGUGAUUUUAUCGUAUUUUUGACUUUUUUUUUGCAUUUAUGACAUCUGUCAGUCAUUUUUUCAGUCAAUAUCCAAAUUUUCUCUUGCAACAUUCCUAUCGAUAAUUUACAUCAAACGUGAUUUAAGGGAAAAUUUGUGAUAAAUUAUUGGCAAAUUGAUGAAAACGCAAAACUGUCUACACAUUUUAAUGCUUAAAUAUAAUAAUUUUUAUUAAUAAUAUCAUAUUAUUAAUCAUAAAUAUUUAUAUUUUUAAUUAUAAUCUAAUCUGUACUUAUUCAACAGUCAUUGGAUAUGUGUUGACAGUAGACGGAAUCAGUUAAUAUAAUUUUGAAGGUUGUUUUAUUUUUAGUAUUUUUAGUUUUCAAAUAGCAAUACACUAAAGUAUUACUGGCAAUGUAAAUAAUUUGUGUAGCAGAGUACAAAUUAUGUUAUUAUAAUCGGUAAUGUCGUUUGUCAAAAAACUCUUGACAGUUGACAUUUUACAAAAUAAAGUUCUUUUAUAAUUCAUAAUUCUUUCCCUUACAUAAAAAUAAAAGAUUUUAGUAUUGAAUUCAGUGGCAGCUUAAUUGCCGCGAGUUUUUUGACAUUGUUUCAAAAGAUAGUUUUGUUUGGCGUGUUUGUUUGUCAACUCAGGGUCUAAUUGUAAGUAUGGUGCAUGCCAUAGGUUAAGUAGAAGUGAAUUAAUCGAAACGCAUCACGAAAUGAUAUGUUAACACAAUCGUCUCUAGUAUUUAAUUAGCUUUAUUAUUUAUUAAAUAAUGAGGACUUGAAGUACUUAUAUCAUUAUCACUGACAUCUUUAAAUCUAAACUUCACUGUCUUUGUAAUUCGCCGUCUUGCUCAAUAUCUGCGGUAAUGAAAGAGACGUCAAUAUGUGUCAUAAUUUAUCACCAUGGAUAUGUUUGUCUCUUUCUUACAUAAUGAGUCGGGAAUGAGACAACUGACAUUGGUCUGUUCAUGCUCAUUAUUAGUGUCGUGACAUUGAAAAGUAAUCUUCUCCUCAUUGGUGCUAAGUAGGAGUAGCCAGUGAUAAUGCGUCGUUAAUCAGACGUUUAGAAUAAUUUUUUUAUCCUCUUAGAAGACUUAAUAGGUUAGUAUUUUGUUUUUUCCAUCUUUAUUCAGAGCAUUUAGCGGAAUUUGUGUAAGGCUGUGAGACGAAUUGUUCAUUGGCAGUUGUAUUUCGAUCGAAAGUGUAAGGCACAAAGUGUACAGUAAGCGUAACUUGUUGAGAUUUGACGAUUACAAUAAUAUCUAUGAUUGUAUUAUAAUAGAAAUAUAAAUUAUUCCAACAUAAA